GCAUUACUGCAACCUGAAUAACAUCAAGGCUCUAAGCACUGCAGACUUUGGCAAGGUUAUGAAGCAAGUGUUUCCUGGAGUGAGACCUCGGAGGCUUGGCCAACGAGGGGCCUCCAAGUAUUGUUACUCUGGCCUCCGCAAGAAAUGGGCUCUUGACCCACCCUCUUUGCCAGAUCUUAAUGACAACAUGACAAAGAAGAAUGUGCUUGGCGUGGAUUGUGUGGUUGAUGAGGGUGAGGUGGACAGAGCUGCAAAUUGCCUAGUGCUGGAGUGGGCAGAAAAACUUUGGUCUGUUAAAUUUGAAAGCAUUCGCGACUUGGCUCUUCAUCUGGUUCACAAAAACUAUGUGGACAACAGGUCGAUGGCAGCCUUCACCCUGCUGUCAGUGGCGGAUCAAAAUCAAGGCAUGUUGGUGAGUGGAGGGACAGGAGGUGGAAAACACAGAGAGACUCAGCUGCAACUUCAGCGGAAGUUACAGGAACGGGAGCACAUCAGAGAGCAGAAGAGGAAACUCCAGGAGCAGCAGCCAGCCAUCAACAAGGCAAACAAUGAGCGGCCAAAAUCUCGGAGGCGGAGUGGGGCAUCGCGCAAUCCUUCUGGUGAGACUGUGACCAAUGGCACCUCCGCUGUGUCGUCGAAGUCCAAUUCACAUCAUCCCCCAGCAGCCACUAUCACUACCACCAUUACUGCCACUACAAACACCACUAAUGGCAACUGUGAUAGUCUCCUCUCUGAGCUUCCCAAUGGUGCUACUGGAGACAUUGCAGGCGGUGACGGCAAUAAUAUUGUCAGCAUAACUAAUAUCAAGCAGGAAGAGAGUCUGGAGUUUCUGGACUCACUCACGGAUGACAAACUUCUAGAUGCCAAGGUGGUUAUGGAUGGCAAGAAUGGAAACUUUCACAGCAACAUCAUCACGAAUGUUGGCCAUACACAGCAACCGCUUAGAAGAAAUUGCAAUACAAAUAACAAUUGUGAUGUCAAAACUUCCUGUAACAAAGUACCAAACCCAAAAUCUAACCCUGCCAAGAAACCGUUCCUUAUUAUGCAGUCCAGUGCUCCCAAGACCACAUCACCCAAGUCCAGGUUCAAAGCCAUCCAGCCUAAGGUCACUGACAGCAUGCAAGGGACAUUGCCUGUGGCAUCUCAGUGGUCAGAGAUCUUAGGAGUCCCAGAGGACAUCACACAUCCCAAAACUGAAGUCCUUUUGCCUGUAAAUUAUGGUGGCCAGUUGAUGGUCGAGUCAGGAAUUCAGCAAGUGACUCAGCGUGAACAGCAACAACAGCAGCAACAACAACAGCAGCAGCAACAGCAACAGCAACAGCAACAGCAGCAGCAACAGCAGCAGCAGCAGCAGCAGCAGCAGCAACAACAACAACAACAACAACAACACCAACAACACCAACAACACCAACAGCAGCAGCAACAGCAGCAGCAACAGCAACAGGUUCAGCAAAGACAAAAUCUGACCAGUAAUAACUGCACUAAUAGUCAUGAGGCUGAAGAAGAAUUAAUUCAGUACUUCCACAAAAAUGCUGAUAUGGAUGAUGCUCAGAAGUCAAGUCAACUAUCUGAAUUGCGGAAGUUGCUUCAGAGAAACCUACCAGGGGGUCAAGCUCAGGGUGGAGUGGGGGUCAGUGCUCAUCCACUAAUGACCGACACAGACAUUGAUCAGGAUGUGCAGGGAACAGGAGGAAUGAGAAGAAGAGUCAGCUUCCAGCCGUCACUGGAUGGAGGAGACAGCUUGAAUCCUCUUAUGGGAGGACAGACUGUGGGGUCAGUGCCACCAAGUCCCAAUACACGCAGAACUCAGUUUAAUUUCACACCAAUAGGUAGUAAUCUGGACCAAGCACAGGGUAUGUCUCAGUGCUCUAGUGCAAAUGCUAGCCCAUUUAUGUCUCCAAGGAAUACCCCAUUACCUAGAUCAAGACACAACUCUGGUCAAACCAAUUCAACAUAUGUAACACCUCGUAGUACACCAUUUACACCAGACCAACCAAACCAUCCAGUUGCGUCUGAAUGCAGCACACCAUUCAUGUCACCAAUAACAACACCCUUAUUUCCAAGGUCACGUCACAACUCGAAUCAGAAUCAUCGCAGUCCGUACACCCCUAACUGUCGUUCCCGGCACUCUUCUGGUGCCCCUACUUUUAGACAUGCACCGUACACCCCAGACGACAUGUCUAGUCGGCGUGGAGGGAAGUUCCGUUCAAGACAUUCAUCAGGAAGUGUUCCACCAUCUCCUUCCUCUGCUCCUCUCUCGCCACUGGUGCAAGAUGGCUCAGUUCAUCCCCCUCAAGACUCAAGCAUACAACUUCCUUCAGCCUCCAUGUUACAUCAUAUGCUCAAGAAUAAACAAACUGUAAGUGGGUACAGUGACUUGCGCCGUCGACACAUGUCAGCAGGGCCAACUAUCCAUUAUCAGCCUCAGCCUCCUGCCUUCUCUAUUGAUCCUUUAUCCCAAGAGGUGUCCAAUGUAAUGACAAACUCCCAACCUGGACCGAGCAAUGCCCUGCCAGGUAAUCUGAAUAGACCUCAAUCAGUUCCACCUCUGCAGAUGCUCAAUAUGCCAUCCUGUACUCAAGAAUCUUUUGCAAAAUCCCAUCCCAAUACACCUGUUGUUAAUCAGCAGUUUGUGUUCACUGAGAGUUGUGUGUCUCAACCUUCCUCUUAUGCACCUACUCCUGUACCCAGUGAAUGCAAUGACUUUACUGAUAGUUAUAAUUUAGAGAUAGACCCGCUGCUGGAUGUCAAUUUGUCUGGUGAUGCAGGAGGGACUGUUGGGCUUGAUUCCAUGGAUUCAUUGACUCUAACUAAUAGCCAUACAGCAGACCUGUCAACACUUUCAGACCCUCUGCAAGUUCCUCCUAACAUGGACCCAUUUUCUGUGAACUAUGCUUCAGAAACUGGGGAUAUGAGAUCUAUGGAAGAGCAAAUAGGAGUAAGUGAAGUGACUCUGAGUAGUAGUAGUUGUUGUAUGGAUAACACACAAGGACAGCAAGUUGAUAGUGCUGGUGGUGGUGGUGGACAGGGACCAUUAAUCAGUACAGCCUCCAUGCUCACGCUCAAUGCUCUAAACCGCUCAUUGGAAAAUCCAGGUAGUGGGCUGGAGGAGGACUUCCGGCCAACGUUGCCGGAUCUGGGUGAUCAGGAAGUGUUCAAUUCUUUGGUGCUGGAUGUGAAUAAAGACUGACAUCAGCCUGCCACCUGGGCAAAGUAUUUGACAUAAUGCUGUCAGCUGCUGAGGGGGCACCCAUAGUCAUGAAAACUUUAAAACUCAUGUUUUAAAGAUGUGAAAUUUGGGUAUCCUGGCUGAUGUUUACCUCUUCAACACAGACACAGUGCUGAAGCACUAGCACAGAUAUGCCUGAUUUGUAUACAUAGGAUCAUAGUUUAAAGUAUACAUAUGUACAUUUUGAGUCCAGUUUUGGUAUGCUGGAGUCAAGCUUAAAUAUUUCCUAUGUAUACUUGACUUUGGCUUGAGAUAUAUCUUGUUUGCUUAAGCACAGCUUAAGGUAUGCCUUUGCAUAUUGAAGUCCGUCUGGAGGUACAUUGCCUGUUGGAAUCCAUCUUUAGGUAUACUGCUAUAUGCUGAAUCUUAUAUUGUGUAUACUGAGGUCCAGUUUAAGGUGUACCUGUGUAUGUGAAUCAUAAGGUUCUCUGGACUGCCAGAGUCUGGCUUUUUAGCUUUGAUUUUACCAGUUUCCUGCAACUGCCGGGUAUGUGAUUCAGGAAAUGGUGUUAACUUUUGUACUUUUUCUCUCUUUUUAUCCUGAGCUACUAGUCCCAACUAGUAGGUUGUCAGAGGGAAUCAACUCUCAGACAAAUGUGAUCUCAACAAAGGAACUUCUAUAUUUUAGCUCCCAUAAUUAGAAUAAGAGAAAAUAAUUAUUCUACCAAGCUCAUUGCAGCAACAGUGAGUAGUUGGGUUACCGAAUGGCACUGGGAAAAGAUUGUUGUAAGAUGUGCGCACAUCUGGCCCAUCUCUUGGAGGUUAGAGCAUCACAGUUUGUUUCUUACUUUGUCAAUAGCUGCAUGUGGCUGUGAAUAUACCCCGCACAGCCAUUGUGUCUAUGUCUAGUGUGGCAUACUUCUUGUUGGUCUUAAUUUUCUUCAUUUUGCAAAUUGGUCAUAUUCAAGAUUUUAAUAUUUAUUUUUUUUUUUUUUUUUUUUUUAAACUUGUAAGUUUAUACAUUUUUGGGCUUAACUGUGUUGCUUAAGUGAAUUUAUCAAAAAUAGAUAUUAACCACACAAUUGCACUUGGUUCCUUUUUAAAGGAUGUUACAUUUCAAGUUAGAUUGAAACGUUCACUUGCUGCUUUUCACCUGGACAGCAGGUGUUGGCAAGAUCCAUACUUCUUAUGGAUACGUUUAACAUUCUGAUAAGAAGUUGUGGCAUCAAAGUCAAGCUCUAAAAGACUUAAGGAGGUUUGGUAGUGAUUGAGGAUUAGGUUUUGCUUGCUAGUUUGGCAGGUCAGAACCUUAGUUGAAUGUGCCCAACUGCUAAGUUUUGUUAAUUUACUUUUUUUACUUGUUCCCAAGUAUGGUUUAACUUCCAGGUCUUUGCAGCUACACAGCAGCAUAAGUCUUGUUGUAACUUGAGACUUGGAAAUUUUUUUACAAAUUUUCAGCAUUGUGUUAAAAUGCUGCUGAAAUUGUGGACACAUCGUGUACCUUGUAUAUAUGUAUUAAGAUGUGUAAUAUAAGUAGUUUUGACUCUUGGAUGUUUGUGGAUUUUAGCAGAGAUAGAAUAAGGCAUUCAGUGUUUACUUUUUCACUGUCAUGACAAAGCAUUGACAUUAGUUCUUAUAUACACAACCAUUGGUUAGGAAGCAGCGACCGUGUCAGCUGUGGUGUGUGGGAGGGUCAUCAACACAUAGGUUUAAGUAAGCCAGCAGCAAUGAUGGUGUGCUAUAAGAGAGUAUGCUCAACAAUAUAUUAACUAGAUUUUAUUGUAAAUUAUACGGGGUUCUUAACACUCCAUAAUGUAUCUGUGAUAACAAAGAAAAAGAAAAAAAAAACAUACAAAAAGUUUAAUAUUUUAAAAGUCUACAGCAAAAAGAUUAAUUUGUAGUUUUCACUUUUUUGAGUUACUGCAAAGGUUAUUUUAGUAGGUAGGUAUAUCUAUAUAUUUUUACCCCACCAACUUACUUUAAAUCCAUGUGUAAUUUUGUGAUCUCGACCAUUGAUGUCAGGGAGUAGUUUGUGGUGUCAGCUUAGAUAAAACAAUCCAGGAGUAGUGUGCAGAAUUGUUUUGGAUUCAACCAUCAAAAGUAGUGCAUUUACCAUGUUUGGUGUUUACUUAGGCAUGGAAGUGAAGGGAGUAGAGCAGUCAAUUAAUAGCGGAUGCUGGAAGCAAAGCAUUGGAAGAGAAAGUUAAGAAUCAUAGAUACACAAGUCACUUUGAUUUCUAGUAAGUGCAAGGGUUGUAAAACAAGUGAAGAUCAGACAAAAUUAAGUUCUUGGGUUCUUUAUAAGUAAAACAAGGGAAGAUGUGUAUAUAUAGUGCUUGGAUUAUAAUUAUUUUAUUUUAACCAUCUUUUUACUCUUGUUGUUGCUGUCUUCAUUUCAUCAAUGUUUCUUGUCCUUAGGCAUCUUUCUUCGUCAAAUAUUAAGUUAGGUGUUUGAAAUUUUAUCAGGAGACUUUAUUUUUUUAUUGUCAUUACAAUUUCCUUUUGUGAAAAUUGUUUGCAGGAAAAGCAUACGAAUUUCACAAAUUUUGAGUUGAUUUUUGUUUAUUACAAGACUGAUUGGUUUAUGUAAAAGUUGUCAUAGCAGUUUUGUCUGAAAAUGAUGAAUGAUAAGUGAUGCAUUCAGUUUCCCCUCCCUCGACCACCUCCAUCAUCACCAAACAUCUGGGUUUAUUUGCACUCGACUUCACUUGUUCCUGGGUUCCUGACACAGUUUUAAGGAUUUCUAGCUUUGUACUCAUUUUGGAAAAGUAGAAUAUCUUUAUCAUAAAAAAAAGUGAAUGAGAUUAUUGAGAAGAUAAUAGUUCUCAUUCUUGGAUGAGAUAUUGUACUUUCACGAGAAGAGUGAAGGUAAGCUGGUGAUCUGCUGCCAUAGUUGAGACUGAGUAUCCAACACUGUGUGGACUGUCAGAAGAGCCCAAUGCUUGGCUCUUUGUAAGCCAUACCAUAUGGACUUCAGGAGUCUUGUGUGUUCAAAGACGCAAAUGUACAUAUUUGCAGUUGAAGAUUUCACAAGGAUUUUGUACUGUUGUAGUAUGAUAGUUGUACUAAGGUCUAACAUUUACUUUUUAUUUCUGUCACUUAGGAAUUCCUUUCCUCAGACUUCUAUUUUUGAGUGACAGUUAAACCCGGUGUUAUAUUUUGUUGUUUGUAAUAUAGAUAAAAUAAUUUUUUCCAGUUAUCAGUAAGGUUUUAUUCAUUGCAUUGUGUUGCUUUGACAGAUCCAAGAGCUUUUGUAUGUAUGCUGCUACAGCUCCGUGGCUAUGAAGGAUGUAGGAAUGUGUAGUUCAGUGUGUAGUUACAAGUUGUAGCUUAUUGGUAAAAACAUCAACUCUAUUGAGAAAGCAAAGAUUGUUUACUUUGUCUUGUGAUUGUAACAUUUGCGAAGAACAGAAUGUCAAAUUAUAUUUAUAACCUGUGACUUCAGGUUGCAGCAGACAUACAGCUAGGUUUCAAGGGGGAUCAAGAAACAAAUUCUGUCUUCUGAUGUUAAAAAGACUGUCAAGUAUAUUUGUAACUGCCAUUUUCUGUUUCAGAAACAGAAUUACCACUUAGGCCUAACUUGGAAUUCCUUUGUUCCUUACUGUAGCAACUUUUCUCACUUGGCGUAAUGCAAGUGUACCCCAGCAUUGGAAGAGUCUUCUGUAAUUUUUGGGGAGCUGAUGUUUAUAUCCAUUUUAGUAAUUACACACAUGCUACCUUUCCCUUUCUUGCUCUCAUAUUUCUUUCCUUUUUCACUUGUAUAUUGUAUAUAGAAAUGCAUAUUUAAUUAGAUUAUAAAUGAAAUGGUUAAUAAAAUCCAUGUGUAAAGAUUGGAUUGAUGUGAAGAGUGCAUUGUGUACAUGAAGAAAUCAUAAUUCUUGUAGAAUGGAAAGCUCUUAAGAUACUUCUGUAAAAGUAUAUUUUAUAACCAAUGAGCUAUGCUGUCUAAAUAUUUUGUAGUGCUAGCCACGGAGCUGAAGACGUGCAGUGGAAGUGUUCCAGAAAAGACCAUGCAUUUCUCUUUCUUUCAGCUUUCUGCAUACAAUUAGGAAAACUUGUCCAUUUUUAUAAGAGCAUCUCAGAAAGCACAAAUGGGAUAACUGCGGCUAUGUAAUGCAGCCCACUCUGAAAUUAGAUAGAGUUGGAGGUAUCAGGAUGUGUAUGUAUAUAUAUUGUAAUUGUAAAAGAAGUGCGAUAAGAUAAUGGACUUUUGUGUAUGAGAAAGUUGCAUGUAUCCAUAUAGGUAAGUUUUCCCAGUGUUGAAGGCAGAAGGAGACGGAUACAGUAACCUGUAGAAGCCUGCCAAACUUUGAUGUUAUAUUAUAAAUGGUACAUCCAUGGCUUCGGAUGAGAAUUUAUUCAAUAUAUCUGUUAAUUGCGGAGCAGGAUGCCAGUUGGAAGGUCAGCUUCAUAAUCUGAAUGGACAACAGCAAGGGGCUGAGUCUCCUUUACUUAGUACAAAAUAAUUUCAUUACUCUUAUUUUAAUUCUGGAAAUAACACCUGCAAGUGAGAAUUUAUUGUAAUAUUUUUCCUCUUCAGUUGCCCAGCCAAGAGCUGAGGGACCAAAUGCUAGAUGACCUACUUGAUCCUAAGUUUUAAGCAGUUACCAGCAUGAUCCACUGCCGUUGUGCACUUUCAUGGCCCAGCGAUCCCUUAUAGAGGGGAGAGACGAGCAAAAAGGGAAGGAAUGAGCAAAUGUAAAGGAAAACUGGUAUGAUUGUGUUUGUACUUAAACAGGGGAAAGACGAAAAGAAUAGAAGUUCCAUUUCAUCAUGAGAAGCAGUACAGAGGAGAAAGAUUCUCAUUUUCCAAGUGGUUUGAGGAAUUCAGCAUCAGCCAGAAAGACAAAACAGAACAGUGAGCAGCAUGUCAGGCAAUAAGUCAUGCCUUCACUGAAGUGCCUCGAGGUGAUAGUGACUUCCCCAGCCAUGGUAGAGUUUGCAGAGCGUUAUUUGUGUGACAAGUAGAAUAGGAUAAUCCUGUGGAUUUUUCGUAAUUCCAUGUGCUGUAAAAUUUAGAUCAUGCCAACGAGUUUGUAACCAUGAAUGCUGCACAAGGUUAUGGCUGCAAGUAACCAAGCCAGUUUUUAUGCCAUUGAUGAAGUGAUAUUCACAAUUUUUUGUUGGUAACAUCUCCGUUAUAUUUCUUCCCAUGAGAGUAUACCGAAUCAUGUAUUUUAGGGUAAUAAUGAACUGUGUGUUUUGCAUCAUGCGUGUAUACUGACACACAUUGUUGCAGUUUCAUGUCACCUUGUGUGUCUGUAUGCAUGCAUAUGUAUUAUCUUAUUUUUGGUAUUUUAAUAAAAAAAACAUUGAAACACACCAUACCACACCACACACACAUUGUUGAUACAAACACACAUGUUUUGUGCAUACUAGUAUAGACACUUCUUUAUGUACACAUUUACACAAACAUGCACAUGUGCAUGCUUAGAGACACGCACAUGCAUAGAUAUUCUUGAAUGCGCAUUUUUAUAUUCACACAUGCACAUGUACAUAUACAUGCACACACAUGCACAUACACAUAUACAUGCAUAUGCACAUUUACAUGUAUGCAUUAUUAUAUAUUUGAAAGUAGGUAAAAUUCACAUUUGAAAGCAAUGGAGUUAACAUUAUCCUAAGUUGAAUUUUGGUAUGCCAUGACUUAUUCCAACAUUGUGUUGGCAUACCUUAUCUGUGAUACCAUGGAGAGGUCAAUGCAUUAUGAUGACAGAAAGAGAGAUGAGAACAAAAUGGAAGUGUGUAAUUCAUCCAUCUUGACACAAAAGGGAUCUUGGUUAUGUAGCAUCUGGGUACAACCUGGCUAGGGUCGACUCCCCUACAAACUAUUGCUAAGCAAAUAUUACCUGUAAAACUUAAUUCUUUAAAUACAACAAAUUUGCCACAG